AUGGAAGACCCACGACAAUUGAAACAAACAUUAAGAAGAAGAGAAGAGGAAAAAAUGAGAUUUCUCAGCAGCGUAUAUGGAUCUCAUUUGCCCUUUAGCUUGAUUUUAGAACGAAAUAUUGUUUCUCAGCAAGGAAGACUAUGUGGCCUGCCAUCAUCAAAAUUACACUUGGAAAUUCUUACAGGAAAAGACACUGAGCUUGAUUUCCCUGCUUUCAUCGGAGAUGUCCCUCAUUUGACUCAAGAAAUUAAUAGACUAAACUUAUAG